UCUCAGUACAGAAAUGGAGGACUAAGUGGCAAGUGGGAACGUGUACAGUGUGAUGCCUUAACCACUAAUCCAGAGUGAAACAACUGCAUAUAGUCCAACACUGAGAAAUGUUUUUGCAUAUGCUGGAUUUUCGACUUCUGUGCUAAGAUCAAAAGCCAGCUUUGCUAAGAUGGUGACCCUAGUUUUUACUCCUGUGUGUGAACUCAUUCUAGGCAGAGAAAUCCUAGCAAACCUUUCUCCAGGAUGGUAGGAGGUGCAUGUCCAUGUUCAAUAUGCAGCAGAGAUAAUGUGCUAUUUGUAUACAAUUUGGAAGUGAUUUUACCUUCUGUUGUGAUGGGUAAUACAUACCAUCUAACAUCAGGAUAUAUAAGAUAGGAACCAGAUGCUACUCUGUGCUAGUCAGGUGUUCUGGCCCUUUUUUUAUUUUUCACUUUGCUUUUCUGGCACUAAACCUCCCUAAAACUUACUGAGGAAAUGAAAGAUUGUUGCUGUCGUGCUUUUGUGUGUUUGUUUAGCAAAAAUAUUUGUGCAUCAUAGAUUUGUGUCCAGAAACGCAUUCCUCACUGCUUUAGUGUACUGCAUUAUCUGGACAAAAUGAAAAGGAAAUAGUUGUGAUUUGAAAGUGUUUUACAUACAUUUUGCAGAGCUGUACAAACUUAUAUGACAUAUAGGGCAGUGAUGAAUCAUAGUCUGUCUUCUUCUUCACUUCACACCACUAUAUCAACAUUACUUUGCUGGAUUGAUUUCUGAUUUACUGGGUAAGAAACCUCCAGGCAGCAGUGUGCUGACCCACCAUCACCUUCAGUUUUGCUUGCUGGUGCUUGCUGUUUCUGCAUCUUCACAGUAAGAUAUUCAGCUGAGGAACUUUGUAAUUGUGUGUUGUAUAACCAUAGGACUCCAUUUUUCUUUUUGUCUUUUUGUCUUCCCCGCUACUGAGGCCUAGAGGCCUGUAAUUAGUUAUCAAGUCAUUCAUGAACUCUGGUUUCUUCCAUGUGGGCUGAGUCCAAUUUGUCUCUGUUUGCUUGAGCAGAUUAAAUGAGUGCACAGGUUAAUGCAGGUGACUAAGUGGGCACAUCCUAACAAGUUACUGUCCCUCAGCUAAGCUUCAGCUCCUGUGAUUUCACAUGCUCUUGUGUUCCUCCUGCAUCGUGUCAGCCAAGAUAUUAGGGGAUUUCAUCUGGCUAAAAACAGCUAGGAAAACUCCUAGGUGGACCAGUUCUUUGAUCCCUUCCAUUACAUAGCUGCACAAAUAGCUGUGUUGGCACGGUGCAGGGACUAGCUCAGGAACAGAGAUGCACAGCAAAGUAGGAACUGUUGAUACUGGUGCUGCUGACAGAGAAGAAAUCAUCAGGCAGUGCCCUAUGGCAACUGUACUGCUUGCUCUGCUAUGUGUCUGAAGGGGAGGAAAAUGCAGUUCUUAUGUGAUCACUGCAAAAUCGAUUGUUCAACAGAGUUGGUCUUUGAGGCUAGGGUUUGGUGCCAGGCUUCUUCCCACAGAACACAGAGGUGUAAGAAAUCCACUUUGUCCUCCAUAUUGGAAAAGGGCCAUCUGACUUUAACCUGAGUGCAAGGCAGGAUGGAUCCUUUCCCUGAAAACCCCUGAACACUUAGCUCUGAGUGCUUGGAAAUGCAAAUAAAAUGAUUUACAUUUCCCUCAUUCCUUUCUCAAGUACUGAAUUCUGGUUUGCAGUGGUAGCUUACUAUCCUAUUCUUAUGCUGUUUAUGGACAUCUUCCUCCUUUGGUUUAGGAACUCCCUCUGAAAUAUCCAGCAAUAGUUUCAGACAAAGGAGUCUUGAACUUUGGGUAAAUUUGGGUAAACUCCUAAGUAUUGUAAUUCCUGGAUGUCUCAUUUGGAUUCCACAUUACUGCAGAGUAGGAAUAUAGCAAAAUGUAAGGAUUCUUAAAGUUUUGGUGAGAUCCCUUGGCAGCAAAUAUACAAAGGUUUAAUUGAAAGAAUUUCUGAACUGAGUUAACCUGUGUAUUGAUUGUCCUCUCUCAGUUCAGUUGUCUCUUCUCAGGGCUGAACAUGCCCAGCUCCCUCAGCCUUUCCUCAUAAGAGAGAUGCUCCUGACCUCCCAUAAUAUUUGUGGCUCUCUGGACUUUGGGCAAACACUGGAGUCAUAAAACCCACUCCAGGAGCCCCAAGUCUCUCUUGGACUGAGGAGCCGGGCACAGGUGCCAGGACAGGCAGCCCUCACCAGGGCUCAGCAGAGUGCAGUGCACCAGGUGUACACGGACCAGGCCUUCAGUCAAACACUGCAAUUACCUGAUUUAUCCAUUCUCCCUGUGGUUGAAUGAAUGUAUUUGGUAAAACAUCUUGUCUUACAGGCAUGUUUAUGGAGUAUUUUGGACUGUGCUCUUGCCUGGCUUCAAAAUUGAUUUUUUAAAAUAGUCAGGGUGCAUCCACAUUUCUAAAAAGGUGUUGGGAUUUCAAGCAUGCUACAAAAGGAAGUCACUCUUCAACUCUUAGUUCAGGGCCAAAGCGUAACUCUUGGGAUUUAACUCCAGCUUUAGUGAAGCCUCCUUUAUGGAUCCAGCAUUUAAGCUGAUCUGUAGGUUUUUGCCUCAGUUCCCCUUCCGCCCCAGCAGCAAUCCUGUAAGCUCCCAUGUAUCUCUGGGAUUCUUGACAGAGUCUGAUCCUGUCUUUGAAGUGAUGUGACUGAUACAUAUUACCCUGAACUACAUAAAACCCUUUAUGUUGCAACCAGACUCCGGCCAGACGGUGCUUGAGGGAGCUCAUGCAGUCUGCCUGUGAGUGCAUUGGAAUCCAAUGUUAAACGGAUCCGACAGAGGGAAGUGCUUCCAAGUGUGCAAUUCCACAGCAGGUUCAGCUGAAAUCAGCUCUGUGGCAUUCCCACUCUCCCUAUCAGUCCCAGACUUGAAUUCUCGCUUCCUCCAUUUGUUUACUUUUGCGAUGUUAAUUUUCUGCUGGUUUAGCUCCCAAACAAACUUAUCACGGGAACUGAUAAAUGUUGGUACAAGGGGGAAGGGCGAGACGUGGCAGCGCUGCCUUAAUCUGUGGUGUGUAGGGGCACGCUGUCUCGGUGUAAAGCUCGUCUCCCUUUUGCCCGUAUCUCCCCGCUUCCCUUCACCAUUCCACCUUCGUUCCUCCAGAGAGCGCGUCCCAAGAGCACCGCAGCAUGCCCGAGCCCUCUCCUCGAGAGCCCUGCGCUGUAGGUGCGCUCAAACCCCUCCUCUUUUCCUCUCCAGGCACGGCACAAGCGCUGAGCCGAAAACUCCUCUUAACUAGGGUGACAAGUUUCCAGCGAGCUUUGGAUCACGGCGAGCGGGAACACCCGGAUCCCGGCAAUAUAAGUAACGGCCUCCCCAGCUGAAGAUGUCUAACAAUGGAGUUGAAACAGAAGACAAACCACCUGCUCCUCCAAUGAGAAAUACCAGCACUAUGAUUGGAUCGGGAAGCAAAGACCCUGGGACUUUAAACCAUGGCUCAAAACCUCUGCCUCCCAACCCAGAAGAAAAGAAGAGGAAGGAUCGAUUUUACCGAUCUAUUUUGCCGGGAGAUAAAACCAACAAGAAGAAAGAGAAAGAGAGGCCGGAGAUCUCCCUCCCUUCAGACUUUGAACACACGAUUCAUGUGGGGUUUGAUGCAGUCACAGGAGAAUUCACAGGAAUGCCGGAGCAAUGGGCGCGUCUGCUGCAGACUUCCAACAUCACCAAGUCGGAGCAGAAGAAGAACCCCCAGGCAGUGCUGGAUGUGUUGGAGUUUUACAACUCCAAGAAGAUCUCCAACAGCCAGAAGUACAUGAGUUUCACAGAUAAAUCAGCAGAGGAUUACAAUUCAUCUAAUACAUUGAAUGUGAAGGCUGUCUCUGAGACCCCUGCAGUGCCCUCAGUGUCUGAAGAUGAGGACGAUGAAGAUGAUGCAGCUCCACCCCCUGUGAUAGCUCCGCGACCUGAACACACCAAAUCUAUAUACACCCGCUCGGUGAUAGACCCUCUUCCUCCGCCUACCAGAGAUGUGGCCACCUCUCCUAUUUCUUCUCCGUCGGAAAACAGCACAACAGCGCCCGACAUGCUGGUCAGGAACACGGAGAAGCAAAAGAAAAAGCCAAAAAUGUCAGAUGAAGAGAUACUGGAAAAAUUAAGAAGUAUCGUGAGUGUCGGCGACCCAAAAAAGAAGUACACGAAUUUUGAGAAGAUUGGACAGGGAGCCUCAGGUACAGUUUACACAGCAAUAGAUGUAGCUACAGGACAGGAGGUUGCAAUCAAACAGAUGAAUUUGCAGCAGCAGCCCAAAAAAGAACUGAUUAUUAAUGAGAUCCUUGUGAUGAGGGAAAACAAAAACUCCAACAUUGUCAACUACUUGGACAGUUACCUUGUAGGAGAAGAGCUCUGGGUGGUGAUGGAGUACCUGGCGGGAGGCUCCCUAACCGAUGUCGUGACGGAGACCUGCAUGGACGAGGGACAGAUCGCCGCCGUGUGCCGGGAGUGUCUCCAAGCCCUGGAAUUCCUCCAUUCAAACCAAGUUAUUCACAGAGACAUCAAGAGUGACAACAUCCUGCUGGGAAUGGAUGGCUCUGUCAAACUAACUGACUUUGGCUUCUGUGCCCAGAUCACUCCUGAGCAGAGCAAACGCAGCACCAUGGUGGGCACGCCAUACUGGAUGGCACCUGAAGUGGUGACACGGAAAGCGUACGGGCCCAAAGUGGAUAUCUGGUCUUUGGGGAUCAUGGCCAUCGAGAUGAUCGAAGGAGAGCCCCCCUACCUCAAUGAGAACCCUCUGAGAGCCCUGUAUCUCAUUGCUACCAAUGGGACUCCAGAACUGCAGAAUCCAGAGAAACUUUCACCCAUAUUCCGAGACUUCUUGAAUCGCUGUCUUGAAAUGGACGUGGAAAAGAGAGGUUCUGCAAAGGAGCUGCUACAGCACCAGUUCUUGAAAAUUGCAAAGCCUCUAUCCAGUCUCACUCCUCUGAUUAUUGCAGCUAAGGAGGCAGCCAAGAACAACCAUUAAAGUGGUGAAGUCAACACAGCCAUCAUGUCAAGACUUUCAGCUGUUCAUUUCAGAGACUGAAUUACUCGCCCUUCUCCCCUUGUGCUCCUUCUUCACAGGGGUGUACUUAAAACUUUGACUUGCCCUGAAGGGUGGUGGAGGCAUUGUCCACUGUGUGUGGAAGGGCACACAAAGGGGUGUGGCCGAUCUUACAUGGUGAAUUGUCCUUCCAUCCUCCUGAUGGGGAUGAGAGGGGAAGAACAUUUUGUAUGGGUGAGGAGAUCUUUCUGAGAGCGUCUGAACCUGACCUACAAGUAGCGAAGCCAGUUUGUUCUCAUAUUUCUUAUGGUGUUUAUUUUUUAAAAUAAUGUGGAGCCUUAUACCAUGUUCAUCUUAAUAAAUUAAAUCUUCUGCUGGCUGCACUUUGCCUGCUUCUGCCAAGCUGCUAUUGCACCACGGAGGCUGCUCUGUGCUUUGGAUGACUCGAGGAGGGAAGGAAGCAGGCAGCAGCAUUGUGAACAGCUCUCAGCUGAGAGGGGAACGAGGGAGUGAAGGUGCAUCCCUGCUGCAGCACUGCUGGAUGCUUUGAGGAAGCAUGGACAACACCUCUGUGUGCUUCCUGCAGCCGCUGAAGAACUUCAUUCAUGGAUGAUCUCUUCACCAAAUUGUGUGAACUGCCUCCUACUCCCCCCUUCCCCCUUUAGUGGCAACUCUUACUAGUUAAACAAAUCUCAAAUUUUUUUUUUUUGUUGUUCUAGGAAAUAAGUCACAGGAAAGAAAAUGACAGAGAGCUCUUUUAGGGUUAUUUUAUCAGCGCUGUGAGGCUUUUUAGAGAUGCUGCCCUGUGUGAUUAACAAGCAGAGCAAUUGCUAUCGUAAAGACAAGAUUUGCCUGCAAAAUAUUUUGACAACUCAUGUUUCUUAGUGGAAGUCCAAUGGAAAACAAACUGAUAAUAGAUGCUGCUUUCUCCAUGGAGAUGUGGGGACACAAGUUUUUUGAAACAAUGGUUUCUUUAUGCUACUGAUUCUUUGGGUUGCCAAUAGUCUGUAAAACAACAGGAAACCUGGAACUACUAGAAGAGGGACUGGUUGUAAACACUGGGCUUAUGUAUAACUGUAUACUGAUUUUAAAUAAAGUGUCUGCUGCAUUUCUUAACUUUGGGCUAGAGAAGAACUGGAGAAUUCACUGUCACCAGGCAAGUCUGUCAUUGCUCAUAUGGUCAGCAGCUUCUUCAGUGUGUUGGAUGAAGUAAUUUAACCUUGUUUCUUUUCCCUUCUUCUGCAGUCCUUUGGGAUAGUGAGUGACUCCCAAGGGCAUAACUACCCAUAGAGAAAAUUGAUACAAAAAAAUGUGUAUUGUAACUGUGGGAGCUCCUUUCUCUGUACUGCUUUGGUCACAUAUGGGGUGAGUUUAAACCUAUUCUGGAGUAACCUCUCUCUUUCUGCUGGACAGAAAUUCAUUCCUUCCUGCUGAGACCCACUGCUGGCUCAGCCCUUUCCUCCCUGGACCUGGACUUUAAUUAAAUAUAUUUUUCUGAUUGGCUCCACAGUCCAUGACAGCUAUUACACCAACGUUACUGGGUGUAGGUAUCUUGUGAGUUCUUUUGCUUCUGAGGGGCCUUCACCCAUCCUUUGUGCUGCAGGGCGGUCACUGUUUGACACAAGGCUGAGGGGUGAAGUCUAUUGCCCAAAUUCUCAGUGUCUCCCCCUCUGUGUAUGUGUAUUUCAUUCCCCAGUAUUGUUAAGUUUCCUCUCACAAAGCUUGUAUCCAAGGAUGAAUUCCUUGGGCAAAACGUUCCAGCUGCCAGCCCGGAAAGGGAUAUGAUCUAUUGAAGAGCUCAUCUGCUUGGAGCUUAGAUGGAGAUUGUGGAAUGGAAGGCCACUAUGCUUGAAUAAUUCCCUCUGAAAAGGACUUUUUAUUCCCUCUGGAAGACUCAGGAUGGCAUAUGUGGGAGGAAUAGAAUUAGUGGCUAGAUCUCUCUUGAUGUAAAAUCUCAUUUGACUGACAGAUUUGGCAAUUGAGUAUUUUUCAGACAGCGCAGGGUUCAAUUUGAUCCACAAUGUGUUUAAUGUCCCUGACUUCUCUUUGAUUCCUUUCCCCACUCCCUUCUCUGCAUCUCAUUGAGAUGAGAACCUUAAUGUAGAUGCGUUCUAUCUGUGAGCUUGUACAGGAGUUUAUUUUUCUGCAGCAAGAUUUCUGCUAAACUUCCCCAAACAAGAUGGAAAAGGUUAUUUUUAUGUGUUUUAAGUUGCUCUUCUGGAUCGUCUAUUGCGCAAUGGAAAGGGAUCAACAGUGACUGUGUAUCCCUCCUCUUACAAUGUGCUUCUGUCUCGUGGACUUCCCCGUGGACUCGGUCCUGCCUGGUUUCUGUUGGCUGCUGGAGAGGGGUGUUGCCAAAAGCCUUUCUUUCUGCCGGGAAAAGCUGCAAGACUGUGCCCAAGCUUGUGUGUCAUCUUGUCCCAGGCUGUUUGGUCCCCACUUGUGAUGGGUAGGUGGGAAAAGGAGCUGAUUGCUGCAGUGUGCCUGGACCUAGUUUCUAGUUACCAGGUACAUCAUGUUUUUAUGUUCCCAGAAAAUCUUUUUUAAAAAAUGUGAUUAGCCUAACCUUAGGAUAAUGGGUUUAUUUUGUUCUAGUUGUUCUGAAAUGCAUCCUUUUCUCCCCUCUCCUUUUGUGUGUGAGCCGCCCAGCACCAGCACCUCUGUCAGCUUUUGAAGAACCCUUCCUGUCUACAGCACACUCCUGUCAACAGAGGGCUCUUAAAUAGCAACUUUUUGACUGAAGAAAUAAUCUCCAGGGCUUAUUUUUCUUAGAACAUCUUGUCCCUGCUGUUACUUGAAAGUGACUCCAACAGGACAGUUUCUUUUGUGCCUUUUUCCCCCCUAGCUUUCUCUUAUGAACUGAUUUGCCUGAGUUGAAACCAUUUUUAAUCACAGCCCUUAAUUAUUAAUUUGCCUGCUAAUAUUAAAGUUCUGUCUCGCAUAUUAGAACAUUAAAUAUUCAAUUGUUUUGACUGUCUUUUCAGAAAAUUGAUUUCCUUUUUGAGAGAUGUCAAGCAAUCUUAUACCAGAAAUAAUUUCAUAUCCUACAGUUUACAAAGGGCUUGGUGGAGGGAGAGGCUAAAACACCUAUUCUUUUCUUAAACGCAGAGAUUGUCAUAUUUAAGUAUCAACUGGUAUCUUCAAUAAGACUUUUCCUAUGUUUCAAGAGAGGGCGUUGAUUUGUAUUACUUUAGCUAUUAGGGUUUUUUAGGGUUUAGAGGUUUUUUAAACAAACAAUUUGACUUGGGUCCAAGAGUUUGUGUGUGAGAGGGGUAUGGAGACCAUGUGGGAAGAAGCCAGGUUAUUUGGACAACACUGUCAGGCACAUGGUGUGCUUCUUGGUGUUGUCCUGUUCAGGGCCAGGAGUUGGACUCAAUGAUCCUUUCAGAUCCCUUCCAACUCAGGAUAUUCUGUGAUUCUACGAGGCUGAGAGUGAAAAGCCAGGACAGGAAUGGAGGGCACAGCAGAAGUGGCUGAUUGCAGUAGCACACCUUUAGCCAUCCCUGAAAUGUCUUCACUGAAUGGAUGUGUUUUUAAAGAGCAUAAAUCUGACUGGUUUGUUGCUACAGGCACUUCUUUAGGGCAGGCAUUAUGCUUCUACCAAACUGCCUUCCCCUUUUAAAUAAAAGGGGUGCAGGGAUUUCUCCAGCCAAGGAGGCUCCUUGAGAAAGGAGGUUUCCAUGGAGACACUUACUUGACUUAAACGAUCUGGCUGAGGCUUGAGAAGAGGUUUGGUGGGUAGACACCACAUCGGCACAAAAGCCACUCUUUUGCAAAGCAGCUGGAGUUGCUGCAGUGUUUUGUUGCCAACUUGAUGCCCCUUUACAGGGGGUUGGUUUUGAAAGAGUGGUGAGAAUGUUGCCUGGUCAGGAUUGUGAGGUGUACAGAAGUGUGGCUUUUCUCAGCUGAGAUCUCUGUUAGUGUAUACUGAUCUAUCUGUCUCAAAAUGCUGCGGCUUGGUGUAAGUAGGGCACGUUUGCAGCAGAGUGCUGUGCACGAAAGGAUUGCAAUGGUCUGUAGGAGGUGCUUCCUUUCUUAGAACCCACCCUUCUUGGCUCACAGCAAAAAAUUUCUUCUGACCACUUUCCAAGAAUAAUAUUUGUUCAAAGCCCACUCCCAAUUAAGAGCUUAGUCCAUUUGUCUGGUGAAAGACCACAUCUUCAGUGUUAAAAUUGAUAAAGGUGAACUGAUUAUCUGCUCACCUAUCCCCCAUAAAAUGGUAAGAUUUUUUAAUAGCUUCUUACUUAGCUGCAAUAGAGCCUGUAAAUGUAUUUUGGGGUCAUAAGUCCAGCUGGGUGGAGCAUAUGAAUGCUGUAGGAUUUCACAGUUUGUUGCAAAUGACGUCUCACGGUGGCAAAGGUGGGAUCUUGGAGAAGCAGCUGCCAGCUUUGACAGGGGAUGGCC